AUGAACUGGACUGAUGGACUGGCCACAGGUUUCAAGAAGAAUGUCAACCGCGCGACGACGCAGGUGAUGAUGAAGACGGGUCAUGUGGAGAAGACCAACGACCGCGACUACGAAGUGGAAGAGAGACGAUUCAGAACCAUGGAGACGGCUUCCUUACGAUUGCAGAAGGAGGCAAAGGGCUACUUGGAUUCAUUGCGAGCCAUGACUGCUUCCCAGAUGCGUAUUGCCGAGACGAUAGACGCCUUUUACGGAGACUCCGGAGCGAAGGACGGUGUGAGCAGAAGUUACAAGCAGGCGGUGGAGGACCUCGAUGCCGAGACCAUCAAGGCGCUGGACGGCCCUUACCAGUACGAUGACCCGCCGUCCGGUGCAUGGGCUGCUGGCGUAUUGACUGACAUAUCACAUAGACAAACCGUCCUCGAACCCAUCUCACGCUUCUGCGCCUACUUCCCAGACGUAAACGAAUGUAUCAAGAAACGUGGCCACAAGCUCCUCGACUACGACGCACUACGCGCCAAGGUCAAGAAGCUCGUCGAGAAGCCCGAUAAGGACGUGACCAAGCUGCCGCGUGCCGAGAAGGAGAUGGAAAUGGCCAAGGCCGCCUACGAGCAGCUCAACGAGCAGCUGUCAUCGGAGCUUCCCCAACUCAUCGACCUGCGCGUGCCGUAUCUCGACCCCACGUUCGAGGCCCUCGUCAAGAUCCAGCUACGCUUCUGCGCCGAGGCCUACAGUCGCAUGGCGCAGGUGCAGCAGUACCUAGAUGCGGAUACGCGAGAACAGUAUGCGCAGGGUCAGCUGGAUCAGCGUGUCGAGCAAGUGUUGCAGGAGAUUCGCGAGCUCAGCAUCAGCGGUACGGUGUGA